UGAUGGCACUGAAAGAGGAGAGUCAAGGACUGAAUGAAACAGAAGAGAAAGAUCAAAAUGAGAAACAUCAUGAUUUCAAAACUGAAGAAAAAUCAAUUAGUUGUUCACAGACUGAAAAGACUCCGAAAAUACAAACAAAAACCCUUAAUUACAACAUAAUUCACACUGGAGAGAAACCUUACACCUGCAAAAUGUGUGGAAAGUGUUUUACACAGAAAAAUCACCUUAAUGUCCACAAGAGAAUUCACAGUGAAGAGAAACCAUUCAUAUGCCCUCAUUGUGGAAAGAGAUUUAAACAGAAAAAUACCCUUAAUGUCCACAAGAGAAUUCACACUGGAGAGAAACCUUACACCUGCAAAGUGUGUGGAAAGUGUUUUACACAUAAAAAUACCCUUAAUGUCCACAUGAAUAUUCACACUGGAGAGAAACCUUACACCUGUGAGCUGUGUGGAAAGUGUUUUACACAGAAAAAUACCCUUAAUGUCCACAUGAGAAUUCACACUGGAGAGAAACCUUACACCUGUGAGCUGUGUGAGAAGAGUUUCACACGAAUUGGAGAGCUUAAGAUUCACAAGAGAAUUCACAGUGAAGAGAAACCAUUCAUAUGCCCUCAUUGUGGAAAGAGAUUUAAACAGAAAAAUAGCCUUAAUGUCCACAUGAGAAUUCACACUGGAGAGAAACCUUACACCUGCAAAGUGUGUGGAAAGUGUUUUACUCUGAAAAAUCACCUUAAUGUCCACAAGAGCAUUCACAGUGAAGAGAAACCAUUCAUAUGCCCCUCAGUGUGGAAAGAGAUUUAAACAGAAAAAUACCCUUAAUGUCCACAUGAGAAUUCACACUGGAG